AUGCCUCACACCAAAAUGGACACUGUCGACAUCAGAUGCGAUAUUAUGGACAGCAAGUUGACUAGACAACUACAUCCUGCGAGAAUCAACUACAGCUACCCAAUGCGAUUCAUCAUUUCGAAGAAUACUGCGACGCCGACCACCUCUUGGAAGCAAUCCUUGAUCGAAGAUCGUGAAGCUCUUGCAACCACUAAUUCUUCUCAGUCAAACUCGAGUCCUGUCGCUAUACUAAGGAGCGUGUCCUCGCUUUCUGAAAGACAAGCGAAUGAACUACUUCUUGACAACAGCGAUCGCAUCUCAGAGAUGAUGAGAAAGGGCAAGAGCGCAACAUAUGAUGAUUGUGCCGACUACGAUAUUGACUACGACAGUGACUGUGAUAGUGACCUUGAGAUAUGA